GGCGCCGAUAUCCCCUCUGGUGGUUUAAAGCAUAUAUGACGAGACCGCCGCCAAGAUUGAUACCUACUUUAUAGCGGAGGCAAUUCGAUCGGUAUAUCCACUCGCGAUCAAAUCUAUCUUCUCUACGUCCGGUAUACCUUACCCCGCUAUGCCAACAGUCGAGUUACUCGAGCUUCGAAAGACAGACAGCAAGACGCUCGGUCCGAUUCUCUUCAACGAAGGUACUCUAGAUGGCUCCUACGAGGUUAUAGAGAGCAUCUACAAGCACCAAUUCCAACUAGAUAAUAAAGAAUUCGACAACCGUCUGUUCUUGGCGUUUGGCGAUCAAAAAACCUCUUCACUUAUCCGAUCUAUGCAGGCUGAGCAAGUCGACGCGUCUAUGGCGUAUGAUAGAAAAGACUGGCUGAUAGGAGUCGCUGCUCUCUUUCACCUGCGUAUGAAUUUUCUAUGGCUCAUGCAAAAGACACAUUACGGAAACAUGGAGCAACAGGACGCUUCAACUCUCUAUCACAACAUCAACUUCUGGGGACGAAAGAAUAUUCCAGCGGACCGUGCAGCUUUUCAGGUUCUAGAAGAGCUAGUGCUUCACAGUUUCGACGCUCGAGUUGUUGGACUACUUUAUACUCACCUCGAGCAGUACGGCAUCGAUAUCUCCGAUCAAGAGGGGGUUGACAAGGCAAUUCGGAACAUGGAUACUAGAGGGUUCAUGGAACUGGUGGAGGAUGUUCGCAGAUCCGCAUUUGAGCCGGAAGCCUGGCGACCAUCGAAGGAGAAGCAUACCAACAAUACAGUCGAUGAGGAGUUCCUUAGUCAUGCUCGAUACCUUCAACAAAUGGUUGUGUACAAGACCUUGAAGUACGGCAUCAAAAACGGAGAUAUAGGACUCAUCGACCGAGUCAUUGGUGUCUGUUGCUUUUACUUCGAGGGGACUGGACAAUCAAACUACGCAUUCGAAAUGCUCUAUCUAAAGCGGCUCACUAGCACCAAAGCUUGUGACAAGGAGCUUCGGCGCGCAAUACUCUCGAAUAGCCUCGUUAACCCGCAUGGCUGUCGGGACACCUGGCAAGAAGUCGAUCGUAGCCUUGAAUAUCUGAACCUGGAGCUGAAAAGAGAGCUUUGGGCCCGUCGAACGUCGACUUUCGGAUUGGAUGCUCUGUUCAAGACUACCUCAUUAACGGCAGAAUAUACUGUUUGUCUACGCAGGGCAGUAGAGGACGCAUUCGCCCGGAAGGGCAACUCCACACAUUCUGUGCCCUCCGCGAUGGAUGAUAUUCAUACAUUAGCCUUUGAGCUGGCAUGCGACUCGAUUAAAUUUUAUGACGGCGGCAGGGAGGCAAGACAUCAAGCACCAGACAUACAUACGAUCGGGCUCGGAAGAGUAGCAACUCAAAAAUUGGAGGUGUUUAAUGCAAAGGUCAUAAGAGAUGAAGAUCGAAUAGUCGUACCACCUUAUGAGAGGAGAGGAGCCACGGCUGAUUUAGAUCCUAAUAGCGACACGAUGGCGAUAUUGCCCUUGGCAGACAGAGAUGUAGCCCAUGAAUGGGGUUUACCUUCGGACGUCGAGUCAGAGUAACCUAUCUAUAAUGUCCACUCGCUGUGGUUGUAG